AUGGAUCAAGUUGAUACCCAAUAUCUCUUCAAAGAGACAAGAGUGAACCUCGACCCCCCUACUUCUUCUUCUGUUGUCACGAUCCGAGUACCCUCGAAUUCAAUACAGAGCCGCAAUUUUCGAAAACCGGUGCGCGAGAACACAGCAGAAGAUGAGACGACAUUUCGAACGAAGAACCUAGCCACUGCCUCUUCUGUCUACCACCGAAUUUGGCAUGACACACCACGUAGCUUCCUUUGGAGGAUCUUGGAGGACGGCACUCUCCUCAGCAUUCGGGCUGUUGAUGUUUGCAAGAAGACACAGGCGACCGAUUCUCCGCUUGUCUUGAACUUCCACUUUUCAGUACCUAUUCAGCCAGGAUGCGUCACAUUUUCGGACCCCGAAGAGCACGAUUCCCUAUGUGUUUUUGUUCUCGACCAAGCAUAUCAGCUGUAUAGCUUCACCCUUCGGCCAGAUUUGUUCAGGAAGAGAUCGGCCGUCGAUGCUGGACUUUCUGACCUCGGCAAGGUCCAAGCGCCGGCAGGAUUGGGUUUCAAGCAUCCUCAUCGCAUGAUUGCUGUGAACGCGGAGACGCUGUUGAUUACGGUCAAUGAUGGGGGAAUGAUUAGGCUUGACAAGAACAAAGCGCAUGAGCUAUCCUCACUCGUCUGGAAGGAGUCGUUCUUUAACGUCCAGGGAUGGGCGCAGAAUCUCCGAAGUCUUCUUCCUUUCCAAGGAAAACACACAAUCAAGAACGGCAAGAUCAAUAUGGAAUACAGCUCAGCCACGUCGAUUCAGAUCACAAGUUUCGGAAUGGAUGAUAGUCUCUUUGCGAUCACAGUCUGUCUCGAUCACAGAAUGCGAAUUUGGAACAUCAACGAUGGCCAAAUUCUUUAUACAGGCGAUAUUCUCAAUGCUGAGAGGAACCCCCAGGAGAUUGGAAAGUGGGCUAUUGAUCCAUCACAGACGAACCUAGUACAGAUUGUUGGAAGGGGCCGAACUAGUAGGAUAUGCGCAACCUUCUCGCCCAUCGGCGCUGGAGAGUUUAAGUUCUGGAAGAUCGUCGCAAAGGAUGCGCAGACCGUCGUCGUCGAAGACAUCUUCCCCAAUAACGCCUUGGUUCCACUGACACCAUCAUCCUCUGAUGUGUGGACACUCGCUGAUUUCGCUCUCUCUUGUCCUGUAGAGGGCGCUAUCCAACUCUGGACUCUGUGGAAGAACAACAUGACGUAUAGGGUGCAAAGGCUCGAAGUGGAUCGUAAGAAUAUCUCGCAGAGCUGGGAGGAGAACUGGGACGGCGUCUAUGCAGAUAAUCUCAUACAGGCUGCAGAGAGUUCUGGCCCCUGGGAUCCUACUGACGUUACAGAGAAGUGGCUCCAGCUUAUCCUGAAGCCUGGUCAGUUUACGAAAUCGACCUUAGAAGCAGCAUUAUCGAUUUAUGAGCGAGGCUACGGAAAAUCAGAGACCGCUGCCAAGGCUCGAGGGCUGGCAGAGUCGAUUUGUUCGAUACUAGGGGCUGCUGCAACGCUAGAUCGAGGUUCUUCGGGCGCUAUGGAGUACGAAUCCUUCCGCGCAUCCAGUGAGACCCAGUGGUUGAGGUUCUACCGCCUGUUGCUCGAAUUGGACAAGCAACGAGGAGAAGCGCUCGGGUUGACACUUGACCCCUCUACAGGAAUGACUUGGGUUGUCUGCGCCGACUUCCUCUCAGCUAUUCGUGAGUGCAGUAGCUUGGAGCGACUGUACCAUAACCUCACUUCUCCUGAGGAAGACCACGUUGCGCAAACGGCUCUAGUCAAUGCAGCUUUGAACUUGGUUGCCGGGUUGCCUGAUCACCUGGUGCCGCUCUGCCAUGCUGCACUACGACCUGAGCUGUUUGAGGACUCUUCCAAGACAGGCCUCGAGCGCAUCUCAUGUUUCUACGACAAGUCUGGAUCUUGGCAAGGCAUCACUGAAGAUGACUGUAGCCAAGUUGUCGAUGCUCUUGGCCCAAACUUUAACAUAGUGACAGACGAGCUUUACACCGAUGUGAUGAGUCUAAUCUCUGCACCAGAGGAAGCCAAGUCACGGAACUUACGUCACCCACUUACCGACUUUGGCAGGAAACUGGUCGUCAAAGCCGUCCAAGACAGUAUUGAGUUGCAGCGGAAGGUUUACUUCAGCCAGUUGAUUCUUCUCGUCCACAUGGAGUAUGAGCACGAUAACGAGGCAGAGGCUCUUCACAAUCGUGUUGAUAUUGGCAACGUAUUCAGACAGCUCGUCGUGGCCCUGCGACGUUUGGAGCUAUUGAAAUGGCUCGCCCAGACAGAAAUCUCAGUGCCAAGCACCCGAGAAAAAAGUGAGAGCGGAGCUGUGAAGAAGAGCUCUGAGGAUGCUCAGCUCGUAACUGCACUGGAGGCGCAUGUUGGUCACCUGCUUGGUUUUGCGAACCAGAGUGAGCCACUGGCUACCAGUGUCACAGAUCUCGUCACCAACUUGUGCGCUCCGGACAGUGAUAUUGAGAUUUCACCACCGCUUGUCCAGUGCUCUCUCAUCAAACGAGAGAGGGCUGAUUUGGCGUUGGAUCUUGCGCCUUUCUGCGACCAGAACCCCUUCUCCACAUAUGUCCAGGGCCGUUUGCAGCUGGCUUUGAAGGAUUUCAAUACCGCUGCCAUUUUCUUCAGAAAAGCAGCCAUUGGAAUGAGCGCUGGGGAUGCUGGAAGCGACCGCCAUAGUAGCGGCUUGCUUGAUGACACAGAGUGGAACCUCCUUUACCAAGGCCUUGCAAAGUACUAUUCGCAUAUUGUUGCUUUGUUCGAGAAGCAGAAGGCCUACUCUUAUGUGGUCGAUUUCGCCCGCCUGGCCAUGCAGUUCCUGGGUACUAAGCAGGAUGCUAUGUUCACCAAGACUGACAUGCAAAGCCGCUUGUUCAACGCUGCAGUAGCAACCUCGCAAUUCGAGCUCGCACACACAACCUUGGUCUCGAUUAAGGAUCAGGCCAUGAAGAUCUCAAAUCUGCGCAAGUUGAUUGACAGAAUGUGUGCGACUUAUCACAACAAUGAGCUCGUUGCUCUCCCUUUCCCCGGUCUCCAACAGGAGGUUGACGAUAUCCUGGCGCAGAAGACAAAAGCAUCAUUGGAUGUUAUAGAAGGAUUUCCCUACCACCAGGUCCUCUACUCAUGGCGUAUUAAGCACGAUAACUACCGUGGCGCCGCGUCGGUUGUAUUAGACCGAAUCCACAAGCUGCAAAGCGCCGGGGAGGGGGAUGAGGCUACGGGAGAAGAUAUCCUCGAUACGCCGGUGACAAGGCAAUACCUACUGCUUAUUAAUGCUCUCAGCUGUGUAGACCCCAAGCAGGCUUGGAUUUAUGAUGAGACCUCGGCUGGCUUUGGACAGAAAGAUGCAGGAAAGCGCAAGGUGGUAUCAUUGGCCGAUAUUCGCAAGCAGUAUCAGGAUGAGCUGGACCGGAUCGCAGCGAUUCACAACAACCAAUUUGGCUUCGAGGCGGAUGACGUUAUGGAAAUUGCAUGA